CUUCCCAACUAUACAGAACCAACAUACUCAACAGCAUUCCUUUUAAUAAGCUUUUUAAUUGGAGUCAUUGUGAUAGCAGGCAUAUCCCUAGCAAUAAUUAUUCCUAAACAAACGGUCGUGCCAAAGCAAAAAGGAAUCUUUGUAUGGUUUAUCAUAACAGGAUGCAUUCAUUUCUUUUUCGAGGGAUAUUUUGGAUUGUUCCAUAGCACCAUUGCGGAAAGUAAUGGAUUAUUUGCACAAAUGUGGAAAGAAUAUGCGUUGAGUGAUUCAAGAUAUCUUACUAAUGAUCCUUUUGUAGUG